CAGUCGCUAUCGUGGUCGUGUUGUUUCUGAACUACCAACCAACGCAUAAAACACAGGCUACUAGGCCUCCUGUCUGAUGUUUCUUUUGGUUGAGUUACUGUAAUGUUUUGUAUGCGCUAGGCAAGCCUGUAUGCUCUAGUAUUACUUAUCUUCACGUUUUGAUAGACAUCAUAAAGCCUGAUAAACGUUGUCUUCAUUAAAAUGAACAUUUCUCUCAAGUAUCAGGCUGUAGUGAGCCUGUCUGCCAAGCGCGCGAAGUUUAGGAUUUCGAAAGUAGGCUUAGGCCUUCCUAGGUCUGGAACGAGAUGUGUCCGCACACUUGAAGUAUCUACAGCUAGCCCGUCAACUUGGAAACGAUUUCGUUGCUCAGGAAGGGCAAUUGACACAAUUUAUCCCAAACAUGAUGUCUUUGCUGAAAGGCACAUUGGGCCACGGUCGUCUGACAUUAACGAGAUGCUUCAAACAGUCGGAGCAAAGUCUCUAGAAGACCUGACUAAAUUGGCUGUGCCAGCUAACAUCCUACUUGACGGUCCUCUUGCAAUCGAACCAGCAUUGUGUGAAAAUGAAGCACUUGAAAAACUUAAAACGAUGGUUGAACAGAACAAAAUUUGGAGAAGUUACAUAGGGCUUGGUUAUUAUAAUUGCUUCACUCCUUACACGAUACAGAGAAAUAUAUUGGAAAAUCCUGGAUGGACUACCCAAUACACGCCAUACCAACCUGAGGUAGCGCAAGGCCGAUUGGAAUCGCUACUAAAUUACCAAACUAUGGUGGUGGACCUGACUGGCCUAGAAAUAGCCAAUGCAUCACUAUUAGACGAGGGGACAGCUGCAGCAGAGGCAAUGGGCCUAGCUUACAGACAUAAUAAAAGACGAAAAUUUUUCAUUGAUGACAAGUGCCACCCUCAAACACUGGCUGUUGUUCGCACAAGAGCAGAAGCUCUUGGUAUUGAGGUAAUUGAAGUAGACAUUAACGACAUGGAUCUAAGUAACCGCGAUAUAUCAGGAGUGCUCUUCCAAUACCCUGGCACUGAUGGCAGUAUAGUUGACCUCACCCAUAUGGUUCAAGAUGCACAUAGCAACGGAACAUUAGCAAUCUGUGCGACUGAUCUACUAGCCCUCACAGUACUACGAUCUCCAGGGGAGCUAGGUAUGGAUAUCGCUUUAGGCAGCAGUCAGCGUUUUGGCGUACCUUUGGGAUAUGGCGGACCUCAUGCUGCUUUCUUUGCUGUACGAGAUAAAUUUAAACGAAUGAUGCCUGGGAGGAUGGUAGGUGUAACAAGGGACUUUGCAGGGAAAAAUGCCUUACGAUUAGCAUUACAAACCAGAGAACAACAUAUCCGCAGAGAUAAGGCAACUAGUAACAUAUGUACAGCACAGGCACUGCUAGCCAAUAUGGCAGCCAUGUACGCAAUAUACCACGGGCCAGAAGGACUCAAAUCCAUAGCUAAUAGAGUUCACAAUGGAACACAGUUAAUAGCUGAAGGUGUAAAAAAUGGAGGACAUGAUUUACUGACUGGUUCAGUGUUCUUUGAUACUAUAAAGUUCAGUUGCAAGUCGGAAGAAAUCAGAAGGGAUGUACUUAAGCGGGCAAAUGAAAAACAGAUGAAUCUUAGGCUUUACGAGAAUGGAGAACUUGGUAUUUCAAUUGAUGAGACUGUAAGCGUAACAGAUUUGGAUGAUCUACUCUUUGUCGUUGGUAGUCAACUUAAUGCUAAUGAAAUUGCUGAGACAUUCCCUGGUGGAGUUGCAGACACCAGUAUUUGUAAAACAGAGCACAAGCGAACAAGCCAAUUCCUCACACAUUCAGUAUUCAACAGCCAUCAUUCAGAAACUCAGAUAGUUCGCUACAUGAAGACUCUUGAGAAUAAAGAUUUGUCGUUGGCCCACAGUAUGAUUCCUCUCGGUUCCUGUACAAUGAAACUCAACAGUACCUCAGAAAUGAUGCCUAUUACUUGGCCAGAGCUUGCUAAUCUCCACCCAUUCAUUCCCGAGAGCCAAGCUGAAGGCUAUCAACAAAUGUUCCAUGAAUUAGAACAAGAUCUCUGUGAGAUUACGGGUUACGAUAGCAUUUCAUUUCAACCAAACAGUGGAGCCCAAGGGGAAUACACUGGACUAAGGGCAAUUAUGGCUUAUCUGACGCACAUAGGAGAGGGACAUCGUAAGGUUUGUUUGAUCCCAACAUCAGCACAUGGGACUAACCCAGCCAGUGCUCACAUGGCAGGCAUGAAGGUUCUGUAGAUGAUGGGACCAGAUGGUUUAAGGAAGGCGACGCAGAUGGCAAUUCUAAAUGCUAAUUACAUGGCAAAGCGUUUGGAAGGACCUUACAAGAUCUUAUUUAGAGGAACUACAGGUUUUGUUGCUCAUGAGUUUAUUCUGGAUACCAGGGAAUUCAAAGCAUCAUCAGGCAUUGAGUCAGCAGAUAUUGCCAAGAGGCUUCAGGAUUUUGGAUUCCAUGCACCAACUAUGUCAUGGCCAGUAAGCAAUACGCUAAUGAUUGAACCGACUGAGAGUGAGAACAGAGAGGAGCUCGAUAGAUAUUGUGAUGCACUGCUUACCAUUCGUGCCGAGAUUGCUGACAUCGAAGAAGGGCGAGUUGCUACCGAUGACAGUCCAUUGAAAUAUGCUCCUCAUCCUCAACAUGUGGUGAUGUCAGACUCGUGGAAUAAGGCAUACACAAGGAAACAAGCAGCUUAUCCUGCUGCAUUUGUUAAACCAAGCGAUAAAUUUUGGCCAUCAGUUGCACGAAUAGAUGAUGUAUACGGUGAUCAAAACCUGAUCUGUACCUGCCCACCAAUGUCUGAAUACGAAGAUGAGGAGAGCAGCUGAUUAAACUUACAGGAUUAAUUGGGCAUUCAGGUUUAGGUGAUUCAUACUAAUGACUUAACAAAUAUAUGAAAUAUACAAUAUACACAUAGGAAAUAUACUUAUACAUUAUAUAAUAAUAAUUAUGAUUUUUAAAGUUGGUCUUUGUUAAUCUUUACUUUAAGAUAUAUUUUUGAUAAAUAAAGUAAAAGUAAAGCUUGGUUUCUAUACAAUCGCUACACGUUAUCACCGACAGGUUUUGGUGACGCUGAUUGGUCGGUUGAAUUGGGGAGGCUUCCUGAUUGCGUUGGGGGCUGCUACACAGUACAAGAAUUGAAAGCACUGUAGUGACAGUGUAGCAAUUUUAUGGAAACCUGGCUUAAAAUUCUACCCUCUACUACCAGGGAAAAAAAAACCCCCCAAAAACUACUUUAUUUACCAAAAUAUUUCUUCAAAUCGGAUUAACAGAUAUUGACUUUAAAUAUCAAAACAGCAAUUUGAAUAAAUUUAUUUUUAACGAAUAUUGUGAUUGUGAUAUAUACAGUAUUCACAGUUAUUUGACAGAAAGGCAGUUCUUUAAAAAAAAUAUUAAUUUUACUUAUUUGGCACAAAAAAGUCACUAGGACUUUGAUAAAGCCUUUUUAUGUAAGUGCCGUACCACUUAAUGAAAUGAGAAAUAGAACUGUAAGAAAACAAUAUAGCAGGUGAUUUUUGGGUGUGAAUAAUUUGAUUUCUUGUGAAUUUUUUUUAUGAAUCCUGGAAUAUAAGUUACUAAUAUACAGUAUUUUAUGUUGUUUUUUUUUUUUAAAGUUUAUAGUUUUACUUUUAUAAUAUUCAUGGUUUACCUUUUUUAGAUACAUUGUGUGUGUGAUAACAAUACGGCACAUACUUUUAUUGGUUUUCGCCUGCUUCAAUGCAAUUUUCGCUGUUGUGUUGUUGCUGUGUUUUAUUUACCAUUUCAAUUUUGUCAUUACUUUAUCUUUUAUUAUCUUUAACUGAAUUUUCAUUAUUAAAUUAAUUUGUAACAUUACAAACUAGGAAAAGGUUAGACAGACAGGUUUAAAAAUUUCUAAUUUUGUUCUCUCACCAGAGCACUUACAGUUCUCUGGUGAGCGAACACAAUUUGUAGUGUAGAAGUUCUUAAUACAUAAACCGCUACGUACGAAUCUUCACAAUUGUAUAGGUAUAUUUUUGUGUAGGUAUGUUGUGUAUGUCCACAAUUACAUAAACCAUACUUGAGUGGUUUUCAUUUUCUACUUCUAAAUUUGACAGCAUCUUCACUACCUCUGUAGGUGGCUUAUGCGUGUUGUAGGCUAGGAAUACAUUGCAGCUUGGUUAUAUUUAUUGAUUAUUUUUAUAUUUAUCUAUAUUAAUUCUAUAUUAAUUAUUGUUUUACAACCUAACUAAAUAAUUUAUUAAAAUUGUAAUAUAAUAUUACAUUCUAAAGUAAAUUUUACAAGGUUUUGUGCAGGGAUUGUGGAAACAGCGUUUCUUUUUACCUCUGUGGUUAAUCAUUUUCUCUGUGUCAAACCAGGACAAAUAUAAUGUACAUUAAUAAUGGCAUACAGUGGUAAACAGUCUUAAGUAGAUAUAAAUGACAAUGUGAUUGAGUGAAAUCAUCUGCACUUGGAAUCUGUUCUGUUAUAAUUAAUUAAAAGAUGUUGACUGGUUCUGGCAAAAACCCUUACAUAGACAUUUUGAAUUAAAUAGAAGUGAGAAACAAUGAUGAAA